GAUAUAGGAUAUAGGAUAUGCAAUAUGGAAUAUGAUUAUUUAACAUUAGGACUGCCUUACUUCCUGGCGACUAGUUCCAAUCCACAACCCACAGCCCCGUGAAACUGGGACCCAUAUCACCGGCGUAUAGUGUCCGGCCGUUCGACCUCGCAUCCGGUCAACCACGAGCCACGUUAGGCGUGUCUUACACGCGGUUUCUCCUUAGCUCUGGAGUGCCAAGUUAUUGCACACCUGCGCAGCAAUGGAGGCAUCUGUGAAUCGGAAGGAGAAGAGGAAAGAAGCGAAGAAGAAUAAGAGGAAGCAGAGGAGGAAGGAGGUGGCUGAGAAGUUGCGGGCGGAGGAGGAGGCGAGCCUUGCCGAUCCGGAGGAACAGCGCAGGAUUCAACUCGAGGAGGAGGAAGAGAAGCAGCGGCAAGAGAGAGUUAGGAAGGAGUUUGAGGAGAGAGAGAGGCUAUUUCUCGAGGAAUUAGCUCGCAGAAAAGCACUGGAGGAAGAAGAAGAACGGAUAAGAGCUAUUGAAGAAGAAGCAGAAGAAGAGAGGCGGAAACAAAACCAGGCUGACUGUGAAAUCGAAGAAAAUUGUGAUGAAGAAUGGGAAUAUGUAGAAGAUGGCCCUCCUGAAAUUAUAUGGCAAGGGAACGAGAUUAUUGUUAAAAAGAACAGAGUUCGAGUGAAGAAGAAAGCUGGGGAACAUCUGGCAAUCAAAGAGGAUCCCUCUAGGCCAACAUCAAAUCCUUUACCUCCAGAGUCUGAUGAACACAAUAAUACUUCUACAAUUUCAGCACAAGAACUUUUGGAAGAUGUUGCGCAACAAACUCCAAAUUUUGGGACAGAACAAGAUAAAGCUCAUUGUCCUUUCCACAUCAAAACGGGCGCUUGUCGGUUUGGGUCACGUUGCAGCCGGAUUCACUUUUAUCCUGACAAAUCCUGCACCAUACUUAUAAAAAACAUGUACAAUGGACCUGGCCUUGUCUUGGAGCAAGAUGAGGGGCUUGAGGUCUGUUAUGACGUCUUCAUGUGGCUCAAAACCGAACUACUGGUCUGAAACGAUGGAGAUACAGGAUUCUCGCUAUGGUUUGGUUGAAGACAAAAAAGUUCUGUAUCCUACUUGCAGCAUUAUUGAGUGUUUAGAAGUUUCAUAAAUUUGCUUGGUGUAGUUAUUUGUCUACGCUUUAUGAUUUAAGAUUUCCUACUUUCUGUUUUGCACGGCAUAUGCUUAUACAGACACUCUUAACUACUUUUCUAUCCAGUGCACAGAUGAGGAAGUUGAACAUAGUUAUGAAGAAUUUUAUGAGGAUGUGCAUACUGAAUUUUUGAAGUUUGGAGAGAUAGUUAAUUUUAAGGUAUGCAAAAACAGCUCAUCCCAUUUGCGGGGGAAUGUCUACAUACACUAUAAAUCAUUGGAUUCUGCUAUGCUUGCUUAUCGGUCUACAAAUGGGCGUUAUUUUGCUGGAAAACAGGUAGAUGCCUUACUUAUUUAAAGGUAGCCGGAUGCUUUAUCGUGGAUAUAGCUUUUGCUUUACCACUUAUCCACAUACACUAAUCGGAAAAGUCUGCUAGUGUAUUGCUCUCUCUGGCUAACAUCAUGUCUAAUGUAUUGUUCAGUUAUUUCUAUAUUCUGGCAUCGGAAAGGUCAAAUGUCACACAAUGUAGCAUGCUCAUUCACCUCAGUGUUGAUUAGUGGAUGUGUAUGUGUAUGUGUAUUACGAGUGCAAAUGUAGAUUAGC